AUGAGCAUAGAUGCAGACGAUGUUCAGAGUUUACUUUACACGGUUUCUUUCCCCAAUCUUGACGGUAUAUCCCAGAAUGCCUCACUGAACAAGUCGUCAGCUUUUGACACGGGGUCUCUGGUCACUCGGAAUGGCUAUGUUGUGAAGCGGCUGACCACCAACGUGUGUGGGCUUCCUGUGCGUCCUAUUGACGAUGAGAAGGUCACUUUGGAAACCGCCUUGUUCCCUUUCCUCUUCCCCUUUGGCUCUGGUGCUUAUGACUCCAAGAUCUCCCUGCCAACAUACCUUCGCACCCGCAUGAAAGCUCUUUUCUCGCCUUUCACACUUUACCUCCCUUACUUGCUUCUGAUGUAUCAGGUUCGCAAAGCUGUUGUCUUGAUGAACACGACCAGAACCAUUGCGUAUGAUCGCGCCAUUCUUGCUUACAAGAAGAAGAAUCCUCUCGCGUCUCUGGAUGAUGUCAUGAAGCACGUUUUAAAGUACAAGGUACCUUCGGUUCUCCACUACGUUACGCGCUACGAGAUGCAGUCACGAGGUAGCCCUCAUGCUCAUAUCAUCCUCUGGGUAGCGCCUGAAGACGUGGUACGUGUGACUGACGAGAUUGUCGCUUUUAUUCCAGGGAAGUUUGAUCCGAUCUCCAAAAGAUUCGAGCGUUUUGACGACCCUCUGAAGGCCCAACUUCAGGCGCACGUCCUGAGAAAGCAGCGUCAUCGUUGCAGACCUGGUCUCUGCCUCCUAGACGACAAGCCAUGUUCCGAUUCGAAGCAGAUCUUCUCAGUCCUGAGAACACUUCGGGGUCCUACUUCAUUGAAUGCCAGCUCCGCGGGAAUUGUGAAGGACGAAGCUGACAUCGAGACGCAUCUCCAAUCCUAUGCAGAUCGGAACCUGAUCGCCUCUGAGCAACGCGCCCAGCUCCUGAACAAGAUCCUGCAGAAGCGUCCGCUCCAGAGUGGUGAGUUCGAGCCCCUUCUUCGCGUCAAGCCCUCUGUUCAUGGGCCCACGGCUGUUCAACCGGAGACCGUGUCUGAUUUGUUUGAUUCCGUCGAGCCUCCCCCGUCUCCAGAUUCCUUUACUCUAAAUGUCGAGCAGCUUGCGUUGGUAGAGGCAAUAAGGCAACGUCCUCGGGGUUUGCACGUCAUCUCAGGGCCUCCUGGCUGUGGGAAAUCUUAUCUGCUUCGGUUUCUGCACGCGCUGUUUUAUUCCCAGUCUCUCAAUGUGUGCUUGUUUGCAACCACUGGAUCCGCCGCAACCCGCAUAGGCUCUGGUGCGGUGACUGCUCAUAACCGCUUUUCGAUCCCUGCAAAGUCGACCUACCUUUCUCCUUUGUAUCCUGGUAGCUUCCAGCAUGAUGUCCUGCUCAAAGCCGAUGUCUUUCUCGGUGACGAGUUCUCUAUGAUGGAUUGCUCCACACUCGACCUGAUUUUCUUUCGCCUUCAGCAAGUCACUAGAAAGAGGGACCCACUGGAAAACAAGCUGCUCAUUCUUUUUGGUGACCACGCUCAGUUACCUGCGGUAUGCAGGCACGACCUUCCCGACGACGAGGUCUGCCAGCGGUGUCACAUAAGCAGAUCUGUCCAUUGGUCUUCUGCACUGUGUCAUGCCUUGACUAGGUCGAUGCGCCACGAUGAUCCAGGGCUUCUUGAAUUCUUGUGCAUCAUUCGGCACCGCAAGCCGACUAAAGAUGAGAUCAACCACUAUUUGGGGCCGUGUUUCGUCCCUAAGACCACAGCACUGAAAACUUUUGACGCUGACACCACAAUCCUGUGCAGCCAUCGCGAUCAAGUGGUCGACUACAACAACUUCUGCGCGUCUUGCAUUUUCUUGGACGGCGACCGCCUCAAGCAGGUCAGUGUUGUCACCAACGCCUCUGCCGAACGCGAUCUGAAAGAGUGGUUGUCCGAUUCUUACUUUCACCAGCUGCAAAGGGUCGCGGUCGGUGCCAAGGUGAUGAUUACGCAGAACCUCGAUCUAGAAAACGGUGCUGCCAAUGGGGCCACCGCAGAGGUUACUUCUGUGCGCCUUGAAAAUGAUAUGCGGGAUGAGAUUCGUCUGAAAAUGUCUUGCCACGGCGGCAAAGAGGUUGCGGUCAGGCGCUCCUCAGUAAAGAACCUCUAUCACAAUGAGAGGCGAUAUUUCAAGGCGACUUUUCCUCUGAUGCUCGGGCACCAGCUUCAGCAGGCAUUGGAUAAGAGCGAGAAGAAGGUUCAGAACCUCAUGGUAGAGAAUGCGGCGCUUUGUAGGGAGAACGAGCAGCUUCAGGAGAUCGUUGACAAUGCUCUGCAGUACGCGAUUGCAAGCAACAAAGCAGUGGAGGCCCCUGGUGCAGGACCUGUAGAGAGCGAUGUUGAGGACGUCGGCUGA